CCUUUCGGAGGGGAGUAAAACCACAUCACUCCAUGCCGGGAGAACCUCGGCUCCAUCCAUGUCAGCUUCUCUUUAGUGCAUGCCUUACUAGAGGGAUUGAUCAGGACUAGAAGAGGGGAGACUCAUCAUCUAUCUGCUCCAAUGCUCCUGACAGAGGAGUCUGGUCUUUUCUAUUUUCAUAGUUGAGCCAGAUGACCCUUCACGUGUCAGCCCACAUUCAGUGCAAAACCAAGGUGUGUCUGUGUGUGAUAGUGUUCCUGAGUCUCUCCUUGACCAUGGGAGACCCUGGUCCGUGCAGACACUCCAUCACCAGAGAUCACCUGCUGACCAUAAGACGCCUGAUAGAUAACCAGUUGCAGAGUGGAUGCUCAAUAACCUACACAUUCAUUGAGCGGAGAAGUUUGAGUAAAUGUUGUUAUGUUAAAGCUGCCCUGCCCUGGAUCUUGGAGCUCCUGACCAGCCACUUUAGAUACACCCAAGGCUCAGACAACCACAGCUACGUACUGUCUCUGACCUGUCUCCUCCACAACAUCUACUCUCAGAGAUGUGUACCACAGAUCAACGAGGAGCUAGAGGAUGACCCAGUGAGCUUUGGAAUGUCAUUCAGCAGCUCCCCAUCAGAGGCCCUGGGGAGGGUCCAGGAUGUCCUGUCUGAGUACUGGGAGCUGGUGACCACCAGGGACUCCCCGGUAGACUGGAGCUGUGAGAGGGAGUACAGAGACACAGAAGAGCCCCCCACAGUCCUCCCUACAGCUUUCUCUCUGACUACAGUCAGCACUUUUUGGGACUCAGAGAAAGCCCCACAGACUGGUCUAGAUGGAGCCCAAGUUGGAGACCUUAAGUUUCAUUUCAUGGUCAUAACUCCAUCAGUCUGUGGAGGAAUGAUGUUCAUAUUCACUCUCUAUUGCCUCGUCAAACACAAGAUGUUCCACAGUACUUAUCAUCACACAUCACAAGUGUACCAAAACUCAAGUUUGCAUACAGAUAUUCAGGACAUUGAGAUGCAGGUGCAAUAA